AUGAAGACAUUCAGGCUUCUUCUCUUCGCACUCCUGUCCCUUUUUAGCCUUGGACAAGCAUCUAAGCUCGCUGCCCCGAGCGAGAUGCUCGCCAUGUACAACGCAUAUGUUUUGGAUUUUGUCAAGAAUGGAGCAAAACGUACCCUGGGACCGCAGCUAGGCAAUGAUGCCUUGGUUGACUUUGGGACCUUUACGGCACACAUCUGGAAGGAUAUUAAGUUUGCUCGAAACGGCCUUUUCUUAAGCCAAGCCCCAGAGUACGGGAAGAAUACCUUGAGCCAAAUCACGAAAGGCCUGCCAAAAUACCCAAAAUACAACCGAGAUCAGUUGGUAGAAGAUUCUUCUUUGAAAAAUCAUCAGAUGGUCCUCGAAAAGCUUCGUCAUGUCGUUCAAUCGACUCGAGGUAGCACCGCGUCGGGCUUCUCAGACGCUUGGAAAGUCCAUCUUCCCGAAUUCAGGCGGGCUUUCGCAGGGACCCAAGGAGCACGGCUAAGUGAGAUGUUCUCAGUCGGACUAAAGCCAUUGUUUGAGGACGAGUUUACUACUUUGAAAUCUUCAUCAUAUACAGUACUGGACACGGACGUUUCAUACGAUUACCAGAACUGGGGUUUGACAGCGGCGUCUGAGGAUAAUCCAGUAGAUGCAAUGCAGAAAUAUAUGGAUUGGCAUCGUGAUCUUGACCCAGACCAAUAUGAGUCGAAGAAAGCAAAAGCUGUGAAAGCUUACCUAUCCCAUCGGGAUAUUACCGCGUCGAUUGGUAAGGGCUUGAGUCAGUUGGACAGCCUGGACAGCUGUGAUUAG